UUCUUUUGUCUGGCUUGUCUAUGAAUUAUCAAAUCAUUUGGAAGUCUGGAAAAUGGCUGCUGCAAAUAUUGCCCGCAGUGCUCUAAGAGGAUUAUUACGAAGCUCUGCUUCCUUUAGAACACCGGUAGUAUGCCGACUUUCAACAGUUGUUCUGCAGCAGAAGUUUAGCACAAUAAACGCUGCCCUUAAAGCGUACAACACUCAGUAUCAUCAAUAUGGGGUACAGCGAACACAACAGUACACCACAGGAGGCUUCCACAAGCCCUCGCCACAGGAAAUAGAAGAACGAGUGCUGAAAGUUUGCAAGGCAUACGACAAACUCAGUUGUUGUAAGUUGAGUGUAGACUGCCACUUCAUGAAUGAUCUGGGUCUGGACUCCCUGGAUCAUGUGGAGGUGAUAAUGGCAAUGGAAGAUGAAUUUGGAUUUGAAAUUCCCGAUGGGGAUGCAGAGAGGCUGGUUAGACCUAAAGACAUUAUCCAAUACAUCGCUGACAAAGAGGAUAUUUAUGAAUAAAUUGAGAAUAACAUUUAGCAUUGUCUGCAAUUUAAGGCCAGUUGUACAUAAUGCCUGUUGAAAAUCCAGUUCUAGAUAAAUUACAGUGUUUUAGAAUACAACUGGCCUAAGAUGUAAAGGCAUUGAACUUAGGGUUUAGUUUCAUUAUUUUACAUGUACAAUUCUAAUAAGAAUGAACAAUGUAAGUUAUGCUGAUCCAACAUCCACAUCUGAAGAUGUAAAAAGUGUAAAUUCUGUUUUUAUUGAUUAUAUGCCUGUUAGAGUAGAUCA